UGGGCCUGGAGCAGGGGGACACCUGGUGGCGGUGGAGGGCAUUGAGCCCCACCUCCAGACGUCCUACUCCCAUGUGCUGCUUCAUAACUUUACAACAGAAACGCGUUGUCAUUUUUCUGAGGCAGCAGAAGAAGAGAGAGCUGAGCUGAUUUUUAUAGCCUGAUUCUUCUGGGAUUUCAAGAAGAGAUGCCCAGUGGGAGGAAUGCUGCAGAGUAAACAAGGAUGGAGAACAGCAGGGAUGAAGACAGCUCUUCUGCAGUCAGUGUCAACAAUAACAAACAUCCUCUUAAAUCUGCAGAAGUGGAACCAUCAACACUCCGGUGCUCUUCUGUGUUUUUAGUGUGUUUGGGGUUGCUUUGUGCCAUACUGACUGCAAAAUUCAUCUACAUGAGUAUGAAGACGGCCAAUCAGCUGGAAACUAUCAAAACUCUUACAACAGACCAAAAGCAACUGAUUGACCAACAAAAGAUGAUGAAAAAACAAAUUGAGCAGGUGAUCCGAGACAGAAGCCUGAGCAUAUUAAGAGAGAAGCUUACCCAAGAGAGUCUUACUCACGUCAGAGAGGAGCUGAACAAUAAGUCAGAGGAACUGAAGAAAGAGAGAGACGAGCUGAGCAAAGAGAAAGAGGAGAUGAUCAAACAGAAAGAGCUGCUGAACCAAGAGAGAGAGGAGCUGAUCAGUAACACACGGGAGCUGAAGAAAGAGGAAUACGAGCUGAGGGAAGAGCUAGCGAAACAGAGCAAAGAGAAUGAGGAGCUAAAAAAAGAGGAAGAGGAGCUAAGCAAAGAGAAAAAAGGGCUGAGCAAUGAGAAAGAGGGGCUGAGCAAUGAGAAAGAGCUGAAAAAAAACAAUGAGAGAUCAGAACUUAUUAAAGAGAAAGACAAGCUGAGCAAAGAGAAGAAGGAGCUGAACACCGAGAAAGACAAACUGAACAAAGAGAAUGACGAGCUGAGCAAAGAGAAUGACGAGCUGAGCAAAGAGAAAGAGGAGAUAAGAAAAGAGAAAGACAAACUGAACAUAGAAAAAAACAAGCUGAGCAAAGACAAAAAAGAGCUGAGCAACGAGAAAGACAAACUGAACAAACAGAAAGAAGACCUGGACAAAGUGAAAGUGGAGGUGAUCAAAAAGCAAGACGAGCUCAGCAAGAAAACAACUGAGCUGAAUAAAGAAAUAAAUAAGCUGGACGAAGAGAAAGAUGAGCUGAGCAAAAGGACGGAGGAGCUACACAAAAAGAAACAGCAACUAAACAAAGAGGAAGAUGAGCUGAAAAAAGAGGAAGAUAAGCUCAUCAAAGAGAAAGGAGAGUUGAUCAAAAAGAUAAAUGAGCUCAGCAAAAAAAUAAUAGAGCUGAACAAAGAGAAAGCAGAGCUGAGGAAAGAGAAAGCAGGGGUGAGGAAAGAGAAAGACAAGCUGGACAAAGAGAAAGACAAGCUGAGCAAAGAGAUAAAGGAGCUGAGCAAAGACAAAGACAAACUGGACAAAGAGAAAGACAAGCUGAGCAAAGACAAAAAGAAGCUGAACAAAGAGAAAGAUGGACUGAACGAAGAGGAACGCGACCUAAACAAAAUGAAAGUGGAGCAGAGCAAAAUAAACGGGGAGCUGAGCAAAGACAAAGAGGAGCUGAACAAAAAGGCAAAGGAACUGAACAAAGAGACAUCAGACCUGAGCAGAGAGCAAGUAGAGCUGACCAAAAAAACAGAGGAGCUUAAAAAACUGAAAGAUGAGGUGAACAAAGAGAAAGAUGAGCUGAACAAAAUUAAAGGAGAGCUGAACAAGGACAAAACAGAGCUGAACAAAUUGAAAGGGAAUCUGAAAAAAGAGGAAGUUGAACUGAACAAAAAUAAAAGCGAGCUGAACAAGGAGAAAGUGGAGCUGAACAAACAGAAAGCGGACUUGAGCAAAGAGACACAGGAGUUGAACAGACUGAAAGCAGAGCUGAGCAAAAAGAAAGCAGAGCUGAGCAAAAAGACAGCGGAGCUGAACAAAACGACAAAAGACCUGAACAAGGAGAAAGAGGAGCUGCACAAAAUGAAAGAUAAGCUGAGCAAAGAGAAAGAGGAGCUGAAGAAAGAGAAAGAUAAGCUGAACAAAGAGAGAGAGGAGCUGAGAGCACAGAAAAAGGCGAAGGAAAAUCGAUGCAAAGACAAAGAUGCCCUGAAAAUCUUCUACAAUUUUGUCAUGACAUUUGGGUCCUUUAAAGUUGAAGAAUUCUGUCCUCUAGAUAUGAGACCAAGGUGUCUGGAUUGCAGGGUAAAGGAGCCAUUAUACAAGGGACACUGCUACUGGAUUCACGAUGAUUUAAAAAAUUCGAUGACCUGGGAUCUAGGUCGAAAGUGGUGCCAUCAAUUUGGUUCAGAUUUGGUUGUAAUUGAGGAUCUGCAGGAGCAGGAAUUUAUCACCCUUCAAAUCAAAUACCACGAAACUUGGAAAGGAUUCUGGAUAGGGUUAUAUCGUACACCAGGCGGAUGGGUCUGGGUUGAUGGACGCAAGAACACGCUCGACUUCUGGAUGAAAGGGAUUCCCCAUAAUUCAGGAGCAGCGGUGCAUUUGCCACAAAGAACAGCCACGGACAGCUGGAAAGCAGAAGAGAAAAAUGCAUACUACAGUUUCAUCUGUAAGCGUCCGAUGACUGUUUGGCCCUAUAACUAACACUGUUCUCUUAAAGUUUCAACAAGGAUUACUCAACUGUG